UUAUUGCUGGUGGUAUACAGGUACUAGACCUUCACCGUUCCAUGAACCACCGUGAGGAGUCUAGUUAAAAACCCUGACAUGCUGGAGAACCUCCAGGAGAAAUGUGAUGAACUUUGUUUACUUCUCUGCUGGACUGCAUGAGGUCAAACAUAAAAAGAGCUCCCAAAAAUAUUUUUAAAAAAAAAAUGAGUUUAGUUCUCGUAAAUGCCAAGGUCUGCAUUGAUUUCUUCUCACCCUUUUAAAAUUGCAACCUAUUAGUCCAGAUUCAGAGUGGGCAUGAGCAGACACAAAGAGUUCAAAGCAGGAGAAGGGUUAAGUGGUUUUUGUUUUUGAUUCGCAGUAUUUUUCACUGGCCCCUCCCCUGGGAUCAGAGGGGCGACCCUGGUUCUGGGGCGUUAUAAAAAGGCCUCUGAUCUCCUCCUGCUCUAGUAAAGAGACUAAAUGUCUGCAGAACAUGCUUAACUUUUUUCUAUCCAUGUUCUUCUUCUAACAACCAACAGGGUUGGCACAUCGAUGCACAGGGACUGGCGUGUUGCUCCUCUGAGGAGCUUUCUAUGACAGGCAUUCGAGUUCACUUGCAUUAUCGAUUAGUUACAUGUUGGGCGGCUAAUGUGUUGUUGCAUUAACUGUGUUUUUUGGUCGCAGUCUUUAUUGUGCAAAAUUGGCAUCUCCCUUUAGUUGAUACGUUUUUUUCCCCCAUACAUUUCUUUGAGGUUGUUUUUUUGACCUAUUGACAUCAUGUGGGAGUUCAGAUCCAUGUCUUUCUGGCGGGCUGUGUUUGCCGAGUUCUACGGCACCAUGUUCUUCGUGUUCUUUGGGCUGGGCGCAGCCCUCCGCUGGACCACCGGGGCCCAUAAUGUCCUCCAUGUUGCCUUUUGUUUUGGGCUGGCAGCUGCCACCCUCAUCCAGUCCAUCGGCCACAUCAGUGGAGGUCACAUCAACCCAGCGGUUACCUUUGCCUACCUGAUUGGCUCCCAGAUGUCCCUGUUCCGUGCUUUCUUCUACAUCAUAGCCCAAUGUCUUGGAGCACUGGCUGGUGCUGCCGUGCUAUACGGCGUCACACCCAGCAACAUGAGGGGAAACCUGGCACUGAACAAGCUGCAGCCAGGCGUCAGUAUGGGCAUGGCCACCACCAUGGAAGUCUUCCUUACACUGCAGCUUGUUGUCUGCAUCUUUGCUGUGACUGAUGAGAGGCGCAAUGGACGCAUGGGCUCCGCUGCUCUUGCCAUUGGCUUUUCUGUGCUCAUGGGGCAUCUUCUUGGGAUGUACUACACUGGGGCAGGAAUGAAUCCAGCCAGGUCCUUCGCUCCAGCUGUCCUGGUCAGAAAUUUUGCCAACCACUGGGUGUACUGGGUGGGCCCCAUGAUUGGCGCCGCCUUGGGUGCUCUGCUGUAUGACUUUAUACUUUUCCCCCGAAUGCGAGGCCUCUCUGAGAGGAUCGCCACGCUGAAGGGCACCCGGCCCCCAGAGGCUGAGGUCCAGCAGGAGACCAGGGGAGAACCCAUUGAGCUUAAGACACAGGCUCUAUAAGCCCAGAAGAGAAGAUCUGACCCCCAUCCCUCACCCAUCACAUUGCAGUUCCUGGUCCAUCGUCAGCCCACUGCACACAUACCUCCUCCCCACCUCCACGUAUGCUAGCACAGAUCCCAAACUCGUUGUUGUGCAUCCUGAAUUGGGCUUAAUGAACUACAGUGAAAUGGCACCCGCAGCCCUGAUCAUCUCUCCUCCUCCUCCUCCUCCCUUGGACUACAGGAAACAGAUGGGUUAGAAGAAGACUUUCCACUGGAGGAAGCACCCUGUGCCCUGAAGUGUCAGGAGUCAGUCACUCCUUUUUGAGCAGGUGGCUAUGACUCAGAAUCAGGGCCUCUCCCUCUAUCGUUUCUUCCCUUUCUUUCUAUUUUUUUUUUGUAUUCUGCUAGGAGUGAUGCUACAGUAGAGCAGUGGAUGUCUGCAUGUAUUCCAUUUUGAUCUAGUGUGAUUUCACCCAGUUGUUUUGUUUCAUGAACUGUGGGUAAAUGGCAUGUUAUGUAUUGUCCUUUGCCAGAGUUUAUUUGGCUCACAUUCUUUUUUUUUUUAGUUGUAUGAGUGAGAACCAGAGAAUGAAUGCACAUGCAUGUCAUGCAUAAGGGUCAUGCAUGUGCAUAUGCGUGUAUAUGCUUGUGUGCUUGUUUUAGUUGAUCAUCUAUUUUUUACUUUUCAUUGCUUCUUGUAUAUAUAUAUAUCACAAUUAUCAUUAUCUUUACUAUUAUUAUGUUUGAUUAAUCAUACUUAUUUUAGGGAAACAUGCUGCCUUUUCCACUCCUCACUGACACGGCACCAUUUGAGUUUAACAGAUUCUGUUAAAGCCCAUUUCAUUCUGUUUAGAGUUUGUGUCUCACAUGCAUACACAUUCAUAUUUUUAUUAAAAUAAACACAGAACACCAAACAA